CUCGUUUCCUCCCGCCCCCUUUCUUCCGGCCGGCCCCCCAGAGACCGCGGGGGGGGGGGGGGAGGGGAGGACGCCCGCUUCUCCCCGAGGUCGGGGGCCGGGUCUCAGACGCGCGCGGGCGUCUCUGGCCUUCCCCAGCGGCCCGCGCGCCCUCCUUCCGCCUACCGUCCUCGUCCGCUCCGAACCGAGCCCGAAGCCCGCCCCGACCGCAGGCAGAGAGCGCCGGCUCAACGCCACCCCCUCGCCGCUCCCGCCGAGCCCCCGCACGCCCGGCAGCCGCUUUUAUAGGACGCGGGACGUCCGCGCCGUACGCUCCGCCCCGCCCACCCCCGCGCCCAGCUCGGGGAGGUUGCAAGGAGAGGCGGGACUUCCGGCGCCAGAAACUAAACUUCCUACUGGAGGCGGAAGCGCCGCUGGGCGCCGGACUCGGAGGGGAUUCGAGGCUUCGGGGGCGGCGGCGGCGGCGGCCGGGCCAGGAAGGGCAGCUCCUGCUUCGGGCCCGGCCGCAUCCGGGACGCGUCGUCGGGCCGCCUGAGGGAUGCGGAGGGACCAUGGCCAGCGACGGGGCGCGGAGGCAGUUCUGGAAGCGCAGCAGCCACAGGCUCCCAGGAAGUAUCCAGCAUGUGUAUGGAGCCCAGCAUCCUCCUUUUGACCCAUUAGUACAUGGCACGUUGAUUAAGACGGUCCCCAAGACGCCGACCACGCCAGUAAAGCCCAAGAAAGUCAGUACUUUCCAGGAGUUUGAGAGCAACACAAGCGAUGCGUGGGACGUGGGUGAGGACGAUGAUGAGCUGCUGGCCAUGGCAGCCGAGAGCCUGAACACGGAGGUGGUCAUGGAGACGGCCAACCAGGUCAUCCAGAACCACAGCCGCCGCCAGGAGCAGCACAGGGUGCCCGAGGAGCGCGUCUGCAGGGACCGGGAGCAGCCUGAGCAUUUCUCCAACCUUCCCGCAGGGAUGGGCCCGGACAGCAGGCUGGUGAAGUCUGUCAGCGAGAGUCACACGUCCCACUCUGCAGAAAUCCUCAGUGACGCAACCCCGCUGCAGCGCUCCCAGUCUCUCCCUUAUGCCUCCACGGCCCCUUUAGGCUAUGGAUCGGAUGACAAGAAUGUGCUUGGCCCCCCGGCCUUGACGGAGAGGGAGGUCUAUCGGCUGGAGAAAUUCAGGCAGCUUCUCGCGGGGCCCAACACAGAUCUGGAGGAAUUAAGAAAAUUGAGUUGGUCUGGAAUUCCCAAGCAAGUCCGUCCAAUAACCUGGAAACUACUUUCGGGUUACCUCCCUGCAAAUGUGGACCGGAGAGAAGGCACCCUGCGGAGAAAGCAGAAAGAAUAUUUUGCUUUUAUUGACCAAUAUUAUGACUCUCGGAAUGAUGAAGCUCACCAGGAUACCUAUAGACAGAUUCACAUCGACAUCCCUCGCAUGAGUCCAGAGACGUUAAUCCUCCAGCCCAAAGUGACCGAGAUUUUUGAGAGAAUCUUGUUUAUCUGGGCUAUCCGUCACCCUGCCAGCGGCUACGUCCAGGGGAUCAACGACCUUGUCACCCCCUUCUUUGUGGUCUUCAUUUGUGAGCAUAUCGAAGAAGAAGUGGAAAAUGUGGAUGUUUCCCGUGUACCAGCGGAGGUCCUGCGGAACAUCGAAGCCGACAGCUACUGGUGCCUGAGCAAGCUGCUGGAUGGCAUCCAGGAUAACUACACCUUUGCCCAGCCCGGCAUCCAGAUGAAAGUGCGCCUGUUGGAGGAGCUCGUGAGCCGGAUCGACGAACAAGUGCAUCGGCAUUUAGACCAGCAUGAGGUGAAAUACCUGCAAUUUGCCUUCCGAUGGAUGAACAAUUUGCUGAUGAGGGAGAUGCCCCUGCGGUGUACUGUCAGGCUCUGGGACACCUACCAGUCCGAACCGGAGGGCUUUUCUCACUUCCACCUGUACGUGUGUGCGGCUUUCCUCAUGAGAUGGAGAAAGGAGAUUCUGGAAGAAAAAGAUUUCCAAGAGCUGCUCAUCUUCCUGCAGAACCUACCCACGGCCCACUGGGGGAACGAGGAGGUCAGCGUCCUCCUGGCGGAGGCCUACCGCCUCAAGUUCGCCUUCGCCGACGCCCCGAACCACUACAAGAAGUGAGCCGAGGCCGCGCCUCCCGCAGCAACGCUCCCGCUCUGGUUCGCACUUUUCCCGACUCCCCUUCUAACUGUGGCCCUUUGCGAGGGGCGCACUGAGGCCGUGUCUACGCUGGCCCCGGCCCCAGAGGGAGGCCGGCGCCUGCGCCCACCAGAGAGCCGGGGCCCUGGCCCGUGUAGACACGGCUUAGAGAGCCCCGCUUCUUGCACAGAAUGGGGGAUCCCGAGGUACCAAAGACAGACAGGUGGACCCCUGGGGCGGGGCCUUCCUGAGGCCGCCCCCGCCCCUCCUGGGCUGUCUCGUUGCCAAACCCCCGGAGCCCCAUCCCCAGGGCCCGGGAGCGCUCGGCCGUUCUGCGGGAGGCCCGGAAGCGAUGGUGGCUCGGAACCCCCGGGAGCGCUUGCCUCAGUGGGCUCGGCUCAGACUGGAAAAUUCUCUUCACCUAAAAGUCAAUGGAAAUUAAAACACAAACGAACAAAACAGUCCAAUGUGUUGUGAAGCACGUGGUCCCCAAGGCUUGUUCCAAGGAGGGAGGGCCAGAGCUGACCCCAGGCAGCCCAUAGGGGUGGGCCCUGGGCAUCGGAAGGCCCCUGGGGUCGCCGGGCUCCUCUCCCUUCUUGGAGCAGCCUCCCCUGCGCCCCCAUGCCCUGCGUUUGCCAGCCCAGCAGGAGGGAGCCCGUGGCAGCCCUGAAGGUGGGCCCCUGAUCUGGGCCCCAAUUCCCGUCCUGCUGUUGCCUAUGGGAAAGCCCCUCCCCGGCCCCCCGAGACCAUCGGUCUGGCCGUAGGACCCCCCCCCCCAAACCCCGUCUUUGCAGCUUCUUGAAAACUCCUACUUCGGUUGCUUCUCCAGAGGGGCCGGGACUAAGCCCAGCCUCCCUCCAGAAGGGGAAUGCAGCCCGGGAAGGAUAAACCGGGCCGGGACGUGGCUGGGAGGGAGCACAGAGGUCUGCACUGGCCCUGUCCCCCUGCCCGGGGACCAGGAUUCCCAGGGCUUUUCCUCCUGUCUAGUGUAUGGAGCAAAUGGAAAGCCCACCUGACCCAGGGAUGAGCCUUCACUGAGAAAUGGGGGAUUGUCCCCAGGGCUCCGGGGGACGAGGAGGUCUCCAGGGCCAAGGGUCAGGGAAGGGAGCUGUGGGCAUGGGCCAAGGGGAUGUCUUCUGGGACAGGAGCCCUCAGGGCAGGAUCUGGGGGGAGUCACAGGAGCCCCAUAAUUUGUAGGUGAGAAACAGGCCCAGAAGAGGGAAGGGGCUUCUGGGACUGCCCGGGCGGCCCCCUAGAUCUCUGUGUGCACCCUGGGCACUUCCAGCGCACUGGGCUUCCACAGUGCCUUUCUUUGGAAACGUGCAGGGAGGGGGCUCGGCCGUGUUCUUGAUGAGUUGUACCGGAUCUGUCCAAAGUUAUUAAAGUUCGUGGUGUUUCAAA